GAUUGAAGGGCUCGCCGAGCCAGUGCUUGUCGCGCCUUUAGUGUGGCCAGGCCGUCUAUACGGGGGACUAUACGCUCGCACCACGCGAACCCGCCCCGACCUACACCACACCACACAGCCACCGUUUUGUGAGGUCCAUAAAAAGGGACACCCUCUAUAAACGGUUCUCUAUUGAGCGAUUGGACUGAUCGGUAUUGCCAGUCAGUCAAACUUUUAUCUCUGACGUUCGCGCACACAGCACGGCCCACCGAGUAGACGAACAAGGCCGGUAUGGCCAUUUCUGUCUGGUGACGUUGGACCGCUUCUCAUCUUCAAGACUUUUUUUCAUCUCUCCUGAGCGACGUUGAAGAGAAAAUAAAACUGGAGAUUCCUCGCGUCGAUUUCUGCACACGCUGGAUGGAAGAUUCUCCUCGUCCAUCAGUAAAUGCUUUUAAUUAUCCGUCCUUUGCUUGUCCCCUCACUGUAUCCAUUUGUUUAAUGUGGAGGGUCGUUAGCCAUCAAUUAUCAGCCAUUUGACGUUGUUGAAGCAACUCUCAUCGUUUGGUACGGGGAGAGACGCUAAGCAGUUGAGAGCGCGACGUUCAGAUCAUGACUCUAUCUGCGUGCUGUGAAUGCUCAACAUUUCUACACUUAAAGCUGUAAUCACUUUGGAUUGGGAUUCACAAGUUAUACACCUAAAGUCACUUCGAUAUCUACAUUUAAAGAAAGUUGGACAAACUAUCGGGACUUCGUCGCAAUGUUUCCACAAUACCGGACAGACUUACUGGCUAUGGGUCUGUCUUCUUCCAAGUUUCACCCCAUGCCUGUGGUAUCUGCUGCUGCGUUCUUUCCUCCAGUGGUGGCAAUUGGGACCUGGCAUCCCCAUAACUAUCGGCCGAGGGCCAAGCGGCCUACGCCGUACUACAUUGCCGACAUUCUCGGGCUGUGGGAGCGCGAGGCGGCCGUCGCUGCCGCCGCAGAGAGCCAGAGAAAGCUUGGCCUGAUCAGUGCCGAGCACGCCCGUGCCAUGACGCUGGCUGACUCGCCCGCCGUGGUCAGCGGUGGCGGUAAGCCGUCCGGGAAAUCGGCGUCUUCUUCGCCGGGCAAUUUGUCUGCUGAUAUGGACAAACGCGGUGUGGUGAAGCACGCCAAAGACGGACACCACCAUCAUCACCAUCAGUCAAAAACUCACAGCAAGGAGGUGGUAGAAAUUGUAACGGAUCACACAUCGGACAACCGGGAAAGCGUUGACAGCAACGAGGAUGAGAAUUCUGGCGGAGCAGCGGACCGCAAGCGCAAGGGGGAAGGCGAGAUGCCGGACGGUAAGGAGAAGAAGAAGAAAGCCAGGACUACGUUCAGCGGGAGACAGAUCUUCGAGCUGGAGAAACAGUUUGAGGCCAAGAAAUACCUCUCUGCCAGCGAGAGGGCUGAGUUAGCUACCCUCCUGAAUGUGACAGACACCCAGGUAAAAAUUUGGUUCCAGAACAGGCGCACAAAGUGGAAGAAGAUGGAAGGGAUUUCCAAUGCAGAGGCAGCCGAGCACAAGAUUGGAGGACCAAAACACAUCGACACCAUACGGCAGAAACAGAACAGCGAGGCGGCAACAGCUGCAGCAGUGGCGGGAACAGCCGAGAAAGCGUCCUCGCCCCCCAUGAGGGCCAUGGCCGCUCCCGCUCCGGGUGAUGAUGACGAUGACGACGAAGAUGAAGAGGAGGAAGACGAAGACGUGAAUGGAGUUCAGGAAGAGAGAUGCGGCUCUCUUUGCCGUGAUGAUGGCGAGGAUGAAAUGGAAGUGGAAGUCGUUCCCGUGGCAGAAACAGCAGUGGCAGUAACCGGGACUGAAAGCGAGCAUGGGAUGGAAGGCAGGAAGGAGAAGUGUCUCAAGGAGGAGGAUCGGAUAUCAGGCCAGGAGGUAGGACAGAGGAGAAGACUGGCCUGCGAGUGUGACUCAGUCUUGCCCGUGUCCCACCAUCCUUUGGCAGUCCAGACUCUCGCAUCAUCAUCAUCAUCAGUAGCAGGGUUGACACCACCACCACAACCGCCAUGCGAGGCCUCCAUCGAAGAUACUACGGAGGCUAAGGUGGGUCACGUCAUCCUGAGAGACGAGGAGAACGGUGAAAGAGAAAACAAAAUGUGGGAGAGCCACGCCAGAAACACCGAAACAAUUCUUACUGAUCAUUACCACCAAUGUCAUUGAGAUCAAAAUAACCCUCCGACGAAAAAACCCACGCAAGGGUGUGUCAGCUGACUGAAACGGAGUAUAAAUUCAAUUGUAAAUUUUGACAAAUGUUAGGGUUGAAAGAAAUAAAUCUAAUAUUUAUAAUUUGUGUAUAAAAAUAACCGAGUGUGGAAAAAUGUGGAACAUAUUCAUGUUCCCAGCAUCAUGCUAUUUGAAACGUUUGCAAGAGUGGGAAUCUAAAUGUAAAACUGGCCAUAAGUGAUGCGAUAAAAUCAAAUGUAAUUCCCAAGUAUUUAUACAUAUUUACUACCAAUUGUGUAUUUACGCAGCAAGAUUAUCGAUAGGGUUCACUGUAUAUAAUACAGAAUGCAAGUAUCAUGGUCAACAUUUGGCGCCAAUUUGUCGGCUUCAGUUUUACUUUGGAUGUGAGUUUGUUGUUUCGGCAGCUGCGAAAAAAUACUGGCCAACUAUAAGGCCAAUUUUCUAUUCAAGUUCUGUCCCAUCUUUACCCUGGAUGAGCAAUUUAGCAAAUCAAAAGCUAUUUGGCCGGCCCUUUAAAUGUUGUCGUCUGAAGCAUGAAAUCACUGCAAACAGCAGUUGGGCACGCGCCAGCAAGUCCUUCAAGUCCAUUCAGGGCGGCGACAGCUUUUCCUCCCCAAGAAGCUUUUCCCGCUCCGAUUUUUUUUAGCUGCGUCUCGGUCUUGCGGAGACGAGAGUUAACGGGCUGUUACAAUGCAGGCUCCGUGCCCGUCCGCUAAACCGUCGUCUCUCGGUAGUGUUGGCCCAGUCAGGUGUGCAUCGCAGGUGGAAUAGUAAAUAGAGUAUGGGAGGCUGGCCGCGCAUAUCCAAACAUCGUCCAGAUGCCGUUCUUUUAAUACUUCAUUGACUAACGCGGCUACUUGGACGAGGGGGACGGGGAUAGCGAGUGAGGGAAGACUUGAGACUUGGAGCAUUUGAGGGGCGAAGUGUGUGUACACGGAGUGGUGCGUGGAUGGAAAGCAAAUCAAAGUAAAUAGACAGGAGAAGGAGAGAAGGAAUAGAGAAAAAACCUGAAACGAUUGAGAAGCUGUACAGUAGUCGAUUUUCAUCCAAAUUGAAACCCAAGUCAGGCCGGCAGCGCGAGGUAGGGAAAAGGGGGAUAUUGUUGGUGUCUUGCCGUCCCGUGGGACUCUGAAGCCAACUUCAAAAUUACUUUAACUGCACUCUUAUUUUGUAGAGGGGUGGCACGCAUCACAACAUCCAAAGCAGUUUUGUUUAUUUUUGAAAUGAAUCUGACGUUAUACAUCACACGCAACCUACAGUGCAAGUCAUCUUCAACCUACAUCCUAUAAACUUCAGCGCAGAUAGUGUGAAAAACUUUCUUUUUAUUAUGGAAAUUUGUGCAAAAAUAAUUCACCAACGUUACGGUCCUUUGUUAGCGGUUUCUAACGAUCAGGUUGCAAACUGCAUGAGGUUCUUGAAAAGCUCCCAGCAGUUUUGUCAGUUUGACCACGCUUAACACUUCACGGGAUGAUGCCAGAGGUUAGGCUACCUAAUAGCAAUGUCAGUGCUGUUGUGUGAUGCCAGUUAUAAUGCAUGUCGAGCGUUUUCAGGUUUCAACCCUGGAUGUGAGAAUGCUGUGCCUAUGACCUCCCGUCUCGGCCGCUUGUCGCGCAGUAAACACCUCACCAGAUCGAAACAAACCUGGUUCAUGGCGCGUGUUAGACCCAUAGGUUUAUUUAAAAUCCAGGCUGAGUUUGUAAAUGUUUAUUUUUAUUACCGAGGGGCACGUUCCAAGUGCUAAGUGCAGUCAGAGUGCAGUAGAGGGUGUGUUUAAUAACUGCCCUUCGUGAUAAUGUUAUUAAACAUCCGUGCCAUGUUUAUUUGAAAUAUAGAUUUGCACUGAGACAACUCGAAAUUCAUUAAAGAACUUAGCAAGUCGUGCGACACUUAACUACAGCGCAAAGUUAAACCUGGUCUAACCAGUUUGCUGACUUUCAUUAAAAAAGUGCAUUAUGCUGAGAUAUUUCUGUGUAAUGUCACUAAAGUCAUUAAUCAAAAUUCGGCAGUGGCUCCUGUCAGCGUUACUAUUGCAGCGAGUCUAGGAUCCCAGUAUUUUUGGCCUGCUCAGUACACGUUGUAGCAAAAGGCAUGGGCACACGGAGGAAUUUUCUUUGGGGGGCGGGGCUACCAAGUGGGGAUAGGAGCAUCCUAUGAGGUCUUGUCGUGUGUUAUGUUUGUUAUACACAGUUUCCCUUUCUCAAUUAUGUGUAUAUCCAUUUCUCUUUUUCUCGAGUCCAACUUCCUGCGCGUGAUUUUUGUCCUUCUACAUCUACAACUUCCCAUCUUUUCGUGACUCUCCUUGGUCCGUCUCCUCUGUCCUCCUCUAGCAUCAGCCACUCUCUCUCCUAUUCCUCCGCCGUGUCUUCCUUCCUGCUCGAAUGACUGUAAUCAGCUUUGGUACUGAACCAGACACCGCGCCCCGCACUCAGCGCUAGUUUCCUGCCCGCUCCGUCGAAGCCCGAGCCGCGACGGGGAACCAGGUGUCAGACCCUCUUCGCCGGUGGGUAAGCGGCCGUGAAACCCAAACCACCCGCGUAACACCGAAAUCCACGGAGAUAAAAGAGAGAAAGAAACCAAGAAAAACCCCUUUCGAAGCAGAUUCUUUGCGGUUUGGUGGUUGGGGAGAACGAAAGGGCCCCGAAGUCAGGAUGUAUAGAGAUGAGAUUCGUGAUACGGUUUUUCCGAUUCUCCGGAAAACCAAGCCGACUGAGGUGGUAUUCCGCCCGUGGAUAGACAACAGAAGUGGGCGAGUGAGAAGUCCACUUCACCGAAAACAAGCCGGUAGGAAGCGCCGCCGACGAUCGGUAUACCAGAUAACUUGUUUUCGUGGAAAGAAAGAAAACAGAAACUAAGCAGAAUCAACAAAAAACGAAGCAAAACAAAGCACAAAUCCAAGAGGUUGCCAACUACAAUAUUUUCGCCGACUUUUGCACUAUAACUAU